AUGCCUGUCCAACUCAAAUAUAUUUUACUUGAAAAAUUCCAAUGGCUUUUACACGUUAUUGAAUAUGCAUUUAAUGAAUUAAAAACGAAUGCAUUAAGUUCUGUUCGAUAUACUGAAUUUGGUAUUCCUAGCUGUAAUUGUGGUGGAAAUGAAUCCACUUAUAUUGGUAAACAUCUGGUACCAUUUCUUAAGAUGUAUAUGCCUCAUUUACAAACAUUACGUCUUUGGCGACCAGACGAUUUCGCUUGGACAACUGUGCUACCAAAUCUACCAGAAGGAUAUUUUCGUGAGGCUUCCCAUCACCCAUGGUGGGCAGUUUUAUACACACCUGAAUUGAUAGCUCAACAGGUCAUUGUUUUUGAACAAGAUCUUUGCCAAUUAGUGGAACAAUUGAAACACUUUGUCUUUCUUGAUAUUUAUGGUGCAAUUCCUUAUCAAAAAGUACAAGCUUAUCGUUCAAUGGUUCAAACUCGUUUUCCUAACUGUCGAAGUCAUGUUGAUGUAUCAAGAUUUUGUCUAUGGCUUUGA